AUGCAGAAUGACACCGGCGAGUUCUUGGACCUGUACCUGCAGCGGAAAUACUCUGCAGGCAACCGCAUUAUUAGUGCCCAGGACCAUGCAUCCAUCCAGAUGAAUAUGGCCAAGGUUGACAGGGUCAUAGGCCGGUUUAAUGGCCAGUUUAAAAUCUAUGCUAUCUGUGGGGCCAUUCGAAGGAUGGGUGAAUCAGAUGACUCUACUUUUCGAUGGGCUAAGGCCAAUGGAAUUGUCUCAAAUAACUUUUGA